UCCGGUGCCGUUCCCGGUCCCGGUGCCGGUCCCGGUGCCGGUGCAGUCCCGCAGUGCAGCGCUCCGGGAUGGCGGCACCGGGCGGGCAGCGGCGGAUCAUGUGCGUGGGGCUGGUGUGCCUGGACAUCAUCAGCGUGGUGGAGGCUUUCCCCGCCGAGGACUCGGACACCAGGUGCGUGUCACAGCGGUGGCAGCGCGGCGGCAACGCCUCCAACUCGUGCACGGUGCUGUCGCUGCUCGGAGCCCCCUGCGCCUUCAUGGGCUCGCUGGCCCCCGGUCCCGCCGCUGACUUCAUCGCCGCGGAUUUCCAGCGCCGGGGAGUGGACACGGCACAUGUGGCCUGGCAGAGCGGCGGGGACGUGCCCUGCGCCUGCUGCCUCGUCAACGCCACCAGCGGCUCCCGCACCAUCGUCCUGCACGACACGAACCUGCCUGACGUGACCGCCCGAGACUUCGAGCGGGUCGAUCUUUCUCAGUACAAGUGGAUCCACUUCGAGGUGAGCCCGAUUGUCGGGCUGGGGAGAAUCNGCAGGUCUAACCCCGCCUGGCUGGGGGUGCCGGGGACACCCCCCACCCCAGCCCCUCUCCCGCAGGUUUUCAUCAGCAAGGACCUGGCCMGGCAUUUCGGGUACCAAUCGGCCCCUGAGGCGCUGCGGGGGCUGCGGGAGCGCGUCCAGCCGGGGGCCACKCUGAUCUGUGCCUGGGCUGAGGAGGGGGCUGAUGCCCUGGGMCCCGACGGGAAGCUGGUGCACUCGGACGCCUUCCCCCCAGAGACCCUCGUGGACACGCUCGGGGCUGGGGACACCUUCAACGCCGCCGUUAUCUUUGCGCUCGCAGAAGGCAGGACCCUGCAGGACGCCCUCACCUUCGGCUGCCGGAUCGCGGGCAGGAAAUGUGGGAUCCAGGGCUUCGAUGGCAUUGUCUGAGAUUGCGCCUGGAGACCUCCACAACCCCCCCAGACACAGCACAUCCCCACUGCAACCCCCCAGUAAAACCCCACAUGCACCACUCUGCCUCCCGUGUGCCCCGGCUGUGCCCCCCUUGCCCUGGCUGGGGUCCCACUGCCCCUGGGAUGCACUGACCACGGCCAAGGCCACUCACAGUGCCUCUAUUUCUCCAUUCAAUGCAUUACCACAUGAGCCC